GUCCACGUAUAGAGUAUGUACGUAUGUAUGUAUAUUCAUUUUCUAAUUUGUGUCUCCAAAUAAUUAAAAGGCAUGUAGCCAUACCUACUUACUUGGACACCAGCCCAGCCUCUGUUCCUUGUCUCGAGAAAACCCAUCCUCGAUCCGGAUUUUCUUUUUGGAUUUAUUUUUUAUUGUAUAUCCUACGGGUAUGAAAGAAUCAGGCAUGAAUGCCCCCGUUUUCUGCAUACCAUAUUAAUGAACUGUAAAUAUGAUUGGACCACACACACAACUCAGAAAAACAAUGAAUGGAGCGUCACCGUCGACCAGCCCAAGAAUCUCAUUCUCCUUUUCGUCCGCCCAUCAUUACCCUGCUCACUCCCACUCGGAUUUCCAUUUCCGCAACUUUGAGGGAGAAAUAAGCGCCGCAGCUUCCUCGGCAGACGAGAUCUUCUCCAACGGCGGCUUCAUCCUCCCGCUUCGGCAAAGGGAUCUGCAGGCUCCGAAAGAUGAGAAGGUGAUGAAGAGCCAGCAGCAGAGUAAGCCGGCUGCUGCUGCUUUCUGGCGCAGUGGUUCGAGGAGGCGGCGGCAAAGCGAGAUGCAGAAUGCAGCAGGAGAUCAGCAGCUGAAGAGAGGGUCGGUUUGGUCGUUUCAGCCUCUGCCGCGCAGCUACUCCACCGGGUCGGAGCAGACCAGCAAGGAAAAGGCUCACAGAUUGAAAAGCGCGUCUUGUUCUUCUUCUUCCUCGUCGUCUUCUUGCAGCUUCUACGAAUUUCCGCUGUCGACGUCGUCACAAAAGAGGACGGCGAAUCCCGGAAACGGCGCCGUUCGCAUUAAUCCGGUGCUUAAUGUCCCGCCUCCGAGUUGUAUCUCCAUGGGCACUAGGAACCUCUUUGGCUUGGGAUCUUUGUUCAGGAGUGGCAAUAAAGAUAAGAAGAAGGCUACCAGGAAAUAGUAAUAAUACCAUAAUUUCUUUCACAUAUGCUUUAAUUGCCUCAUAUCAUAAAUAAAAAUAAUCUCAAUUUAAAUUUGAAAUCUGUCAUAUAAAUAAGUGUAAUGAUCUACUUUUCACAUUAUUAAAUAAGUGCAAC